AUGGAAAACUACACCUACAACAGCUUCACACUUCAGGUGGAGGGGUUAAAGGUUACACAGCAAUCAAUGUACCCUGUUUUUCUAUUUUUUCUUGUAUCCUAUCUUUUUAUCAUGUCUGCCAAUGUUGGCAUGUUGGUCAUUAUCUGCAUUGAAAGGAGCCUACACCAGCCUAUGUAUCUGCUUUUCUGUAAUCUGCCAGUCAAUGACAUCUUAGGAAUCUCCAUCAUGAUGCCGAGGAUGCUUGCAGACAUAUUGGUGCCUCCUUCUGAACGCUUCAUCAGUUACUAUGAGUGUGUGGUCCAAGCCUUUACCGCACAUAUGUUUGCCACAGCCGCUCACACAGUUCUGAUGAUUGGGCUCACCAUCAGACUGAGCAGAUGCAGAACCUUGAUCAGAAAUCCUUACUGUGACAAUGCCUCACUGUUUAAACUCUCCUGCGAGAGUGUGUUAAUUAACAAUCUAUAUGGAUUCACAUUUAGUGUAGUGCUCUUGUCAUCUUCUAUAGGCAGUAUGGUCCUUACAUAUGCAAGUAUUGCAGCAGUCUGUCUGACUAGUAAGAGCAAAGCUUUGAACAGUAAAGCUCUAAAGACUUGCAGCACUCAUCUCUUUGUAUACCUCAUCAUGCUUUUAAGUGGAAUCUUGAUUAUUAUUCUGCAUCGCUUCCCUCAGUAUGCAGACUCUAGAAAUGUUAUUAUAAUUCUAUAUAACAUCAUCCCUGGAAGCCUAAACCCCCUCAUCUAUGGAAUGCAGUCCAAAGAGAUCCGUUCAUUCUUGUCAAACCAGUUCCAUACUGGAAAGGUGAUUCCAUAA